UCUUGGCGAAAUGUCGGCAAGUCAGAGCGCCGACGACCCUUCGCAUUUUCUGAGAUAUUUCUAUCGCGCUACUCCAGAUUUCACUGCCGAAACCGUUCCACCAGCAAAUCUUCCACAAUGAGACCUCUCACAGAACCCGAGACCAAGACGCUAUUUGAAAAGCUUGCUGCUUACUGCGGCAAAGGUAUUCAAGAUCUGAUUACGGCUGGUGGCACAGAUGAUCGCCAUGUCUUCCGCGUGCAGGGCUCUAGAGUAUAUUAUGUUCGCGAGUCGCUUGCCAACCUGGCCACAUCUGUAAAGCGCGAUAAUCUUCUCUCCCUCGGUACCUGCCUUGGAAAAUUCACCAAGACCGGAAAAUUCAGGCUGCACAUCACCGCGCUGUCGAUAAUCGCACCCCACGCACGCUAUAAGAUCUGGGUCAAAGCCAAUGGAGAAAUGCCGUUUUUGUAUGGUGGAAAUGUCUUGAAGGCACAUGUGGGCAGGUGGAGUGAGGAUUGUCCCGAGCAUCAGGGUGUCAUAGUACUAAGUAUGAACGACACAUAUCUGGGAUUCGGAGUCUCAGCACGUUCCACGGCCGAGGCGCGGAAGUUGGAUCCCACAGGAGUCGUCGCAUUUAGACAGGCGGAUAUUGGAGAAUACUUACGAGAGGAAGACACGUUGUUCACCACAUGA